AUGGACAUUCUUUCAAAGAGAGAGAAGGUACUUAUAUUUUCACAAUGGAUGAGUUCCAAUGAGAAAAAUCACAUAUGUUGUAAUCAGUUACAAUAUAUGGGGGGAUACUUAUGCUUUUUGAUAGCAUAUCAAGUAUUCCUUAUUUUGACUCAAGCUGGUGGUCUUGGCAUCAACCUUACUAGGGUGCAGAACAUUAUGUUGUGUGAUAGUAGCUGGAAUCCUCAGAAUGACUUACAAGGCAUUGCCUGGGCUCAUAGGAUCAGUCAAACGAAGAUGGUGAAGGACUGCCUAUGGAGGAAACUGUUCCUGUCUUUGAAGAUUAUGGAUGGCGAUUCUUCAUCAUCAGAAAAUGCCUCCUUGGGACUGACUGAAUUGAAAGAUAUUCUCCAAAAGGGCAGCAAGGAUGCUCGUGAUGCAAAGAUGAAGCAGAACAUUGGGGAAGACGAAUCCGCAGUCGCAAAAGACCUUGUUCUUAGUGCUGAAGAGCAGGAGAAGCAACUUUUGAGUGGCAUCAUGCAGGUCAAAUGUUGGCUAUUUGAGGGGAAUGUCAUCGAGCACAUGGACAAUACUGUUUCGGAGUUGACACUGAGUACCCAGAAACGCACCAGGAGCAAUAACAAAGUGACAAUAAGUGGGACGACCUUCAUAGUCGACGGCCCUUCACUGGAAGAUAAAGCACCGCAGCGUCAGCGCGAUAUGAUGGAAGCUAAGAAGGCCAAAAAUAAGAAGAGACAGCGGGAAAACAAAAAUUGGUGUAUUCACUGUCGUGACGGAGGGGAGCUAGUAACAUGUGCUCAUUGUCCAAGAGAAUGCUAUGGAAUAUCUCAACGCGAGGCCAGCAGGAAGUGUCACUUUUGUGAUAUUCAAGCGAAAGAGGACCCCGCGUAG